AUGUCUCAAGAGAAUAAUAAACGGUCUGUUGAUGAUACCAGUAAUUCAGCUACCAAAAAGCCCAAAACUACUGACAAUACCGGAAUUUCUGAAGCUGACGUUGGUAUAAGUCACUAUAUAACUGCAGAAUUGCCUGGAUUUAGAGGUCAAAUUAAGCAGCGGUAUUCAGAUUUUAUGGUUAAUGAAGUUAAAAAAGAUGGCGAAACUGUUUAUUUGACCGAUAAGGGAUUUAAAAUGCCAAAGCGUGAGAAACCAUCUGCUGAGGAAUUAAAAGAAAGACAAGAAGCCGAGGCUGCGAAGAGAAAGGACUUUAAAGUUGAUGAAGAAAUUAGGGCUCAGUUGGUUGAGAUACUAGGAGAAGAGGAUAUGUGUAAGAUAGAAGAUGUGUACUUUAAUGGUGCAAAGAUGGAGACUUCAAAGUCAUUCGAUGAUAAGUCGAAUAGAACAAAGAUUCAUCAGCUACUUCGUCAGGCUUUUGACAACAAGCUAGAGUCAGUAACUUCUGAAACAAAUACCUUCCGUGUUGCCAUGUCAAAUAAAGGAACUCGUGUCAAUAAACAAGAGUUGUUGGAGAAGACUAAGGACGCCAACGGUGUUGUGAACUGGGGAUAUGGCCCAUCCAAGCCUUAUCUUCAUUUCACUAUGUACAAGGAAAACAAAGACACUAUGGAUGCUGUUAAUACAAUUGCUAAGUAUUUGAGGAUUCCAACCAAGCUGGUAAGAUUUGCAGGUACUAAGGAUCGUAGGGCAGUAACUUGUCAAAGACUCUCAGUCUCUACUAUUGGUGUAGAUAGAUUGAAUUCGCUAAAUCAAUGUUUGAAGGGUAUUGCGCUUGGUGGCUUUAAAUUUGAAAAUGAAAGCUUGAGUUUAGGCGACUUGGAUGGCAAUGAGUUUGUCAUUGUAAUAAGAGAAGUCAGCACAUCCCCGGAGAGCACUAUGGGGUUGGAAACCAUUUUGAAAGAGGGUUGUUCAUCAUUGGAGAACAAGGGUUUUAUUAAUUACUAUGGUAUGCAAAGAUUUGGAACAUUUAGCAUUUCAACUCAUGAAAUUGGUAAGUAUUUAUUGAACGAACAAUGGAAGACUGCAGCCGACUUGAUUUUAUCUGAGCAAGUAAAUGUUUUACCUAAAUCUGUUGAAGCUAGAAAAAUAUGGGCCGAGACAAAAGAUCCUAAACUUGCAUUAGCUAAGAUGCCUAGACAAUGUCUCGCGGAGACUGCUAUUCUCUAUGAAUUAGCACGUCAUACUGUGGACGAGCAUGGUGACUUUCCUGUUACUGCAUACUACACUGCUAUCAUGAAAAUCCCGAGGAACCUAAGAACAAUGUACGUCCAUGCCUACCAAAGUUACGUUUGGAACAUGGUUGCCAGCAAGCGCAUCGAGCUCCAUGGCCUGAAUGUGGUUGCUGGGGAUCUGGUUUUGGACCAGUCUGGUGAAGAAAAAGACCUUUUAGCCUUGGAUCCAACUGAUUCAGAACCUGCAUUCGCCGAAGACUUACGCGAGACUCAAUUUGCUCGAGCUAAACCACUUUCACAGGCAGAUGUGGAGAGCGGCAAAUGGAGCAUCCAAGAUGUGCUUCUACCUACUCCUGGAUUUGAUAUAUUAUACCCUGAGAAUGAGGAGUUGAAGAACCUCUACGUUGAAAUUAUGGCGAAAGAUAACUUAGAUCCUUUCACAAUGAAGAAAAAGGUUCGUGACUUCUCAUUGGCCGGUUCUUACAGAAACAUUAUUCAAACUGCCAAGAAUAUUGAGUAUCAUAUUGUGAAGUACGAUAACAGUACUCAACAACUAAUCAACACUGACCUUGAAAUAAUGAACAAUAAGAAGGCGAAAGAAAAUGGCCGCAGUUACAUGAAGGACAAAUUAGAAAGGAUUAUUCCAGAGAAGGACGGUAAUAUGACGGCUAUCAUUUUAAAGUUUAAGCUAGACAUUUCUGCGUAUGCUACCAUGGCCUUGCGUGAAUUGAUGAAGUUAGAAACAUCGCGUCGCGGUGACAUGUGCGAUGUAAGAACUUGA